GUUGGAGUGACUGAAAGUGUAGCGCGGGUGGAGGUUCAUUUGCCUGCAAUGCAAGACUUGGAAGACGAGCAGGUUAACCUCUCCACUCCUCGCCGUCCGCGGGCUGCACAGGUCGAGACGCCGGACCGCUUUAUUCAGGACAGACUCCCGGAGCUCAGAUGGGAAUAAAACAGCUCAGUCUAGAGAGGGUGCCCUCCAUCCUCUUGCUCGGCGUGGUCUACGUGGCCUACGUGCUGAUCGGAGGGGUGAUCUUCUGGAAGGUGGAGGGGGACCUGGGGCGGAAGGACCUCAGCCAGUUACUGAUGAACAAAAACAAGCUGCUUACUACGUACACAUGUUUGAACCAGGAGGGCCUGGAGGCUGUGGCGCAGGUUGUUCAAGACGCAUCAAAGGUGGGCCUCAGUUUGAGAGGCAACUACACCACGGACGGCUUCUGGAAAUUUACCAGCUCGGCUGUGUUUGCUGCAACAGUGGUGACGACUAUAGGGUAUGGAAAUAUGAGUCCCAGUACAAUGACCGGCCAGAUCUUCUGUGUGUUCUUCGCGCUCUUCGGUAUUCCUCUCAACAUGGCCGUGCUCAACAGGGUGGGCAAGUACAUGCUCGCCAUGGAGAGGAAACUGUCCGAUUACAUCAAGGAGAAGACUGGACGGAGAAAGUGCACACGCUUCUUCAUCCACCUGGUGUCUUACCUGUGCGGAACGGUCCUCUUCUUCAUCGUUCCAAUGCUCGUGUUCCAACAGCAUGAGGGCUGGACCUACUCACAGGCCAUCUACUACUGCUUCAUCACCCUCAGCACCAUCGGCUUUGGAGAUUUUGUGGCAGACAGCAAUCCUGAGAAGGUCUACCCAGACUGGUACAGCAUCCUCAUGGCCUGCUGGAUCUUCUUCGGCCUGGCCUGGCUGGCGCUCAUCAUCAACCACUCGCUGGACAUCCUGGAGCGGCUCAACAGCCACUUCAAGCUGCAGUGGCGUGGCGGGAAGCCGGAGGAGCCGGGUUCCGGCAGCGGCGAGGACCACAACCCCGACACGCAGGUAGAGGACGAAGACGAGAUCAAGAAGCCGCCCGUAAACUAGUGACCGGCAGGAAGCGGUGAAGAUGUGAGCGCGGAAUCCUCUGGAUGUUUCUGUGUCAACAGACUAAGUAAUGGUUUGUGAGCUUCGCCACCGUCACUCCUCACUGAUCACUGACUCAUUUUUGCUGAGCCAGGCGUGUUUGUUUGACGGCACCCGCACGCUGUUUAGUCUGCUUCGCAAUCUGUAAGCAUCCCGCUCGAUCUGCCAAGUAGAAAGAAAUACUUAUUAAAAGGCAAAACUUGGAGUGACUAAACUUAAACUGUGUAAAGGAGAGUAAGCAGGCUCAGCCGUCUGCUGGUUAGUGACCUGUGGAAAACUACCAUGAGUCAGUCUUUAUCCACUUAAACCCUCCCAGGACCUUUUUUUCUUUUUUACAGCGAUGGUCAGAAAGUCAGUGAUCUGCCAGCUCGGUGGACAGAGCAGGAUCGCCAAUAAAAAUGAGGGUUAGGUUCAUGUAAAUAAUGUGAUUUCCUUUUCCAUAAUGAAAAUAACUACAUUCCCCACAGAGUUGGAGGCGAUUCUAAUGUCAAUUUUACUAUGACUUGUUAAAAAAAAAAACAAAGGCAUCUUUAAAAGUACAAUUAAUAAAGAUUUAGGUUAG